ACUUCAGUGAGGGCAGACGUCACUCGAACCGUAGUUCAAAACAGACGUCUUUAAUAAAUUUAGUAUAAAUUUUAUCAAUUGGAAAAAGUGAGGAUAAUGUAUUCUGAGUUAGCAGAACAAACUCAAGGAUUUUUAUAAGUACGAUUAACAGUGACAGUAAUUGCAAGGUUGGGCUAUUUGAGAUCAUAACUUUAAAGUAACAACAUUUUGUGAAGAGGCGCCUAAAUAUUUUAUCUCCGCUAUUGGGAUAAUAGAAGUUACAUUCCCAAUAAAAUCAAGGAGUCAUUAGUUUUCACACCACAGGAUUUAUGACUGCUGGAAAAAUAUCCUUCCCAAAAUGAGAUGAAAAGCCGUCAAAAUUAUUGUGACUAUGGGCCGAAAUUCAGGAGGGGUGGAGUCCAAUGGCGAGUUACGGAUACUCCUGGUGGUCACCGUGGUGGUGGGGCUGCUUCUCAUGCUGUCGCUCCUGAUGUGCUAUGCUUGCGUGCUAAAGCGACUGUGCUGUGGAGAGCCGAGGGAACGGGCGAAGAACGUAGCCGCGGGAAGACGGACUGAGAGCUACCCAAUGGGUGAUGUGACGCUACUCUCCCAACCUACCGAGAGCGAGCGCGUCUGACGUUCCAAAGACAUAAAACUAAAUAUAUAUAACUAUCGCCUUUUGUUAUCCUUACCGUUACAGGCUAUAAAUUCGCGUUUCAUCUUAAAAUAAAGGAAUAAAAAUAGAACAGCAUACCUAGCUAGCUAACUGACGUAAUAUGUUCGCAUCUUACACAGAGAAAUGAAUCCAUUAACGGACUCUUUAUAGCUAACAUUAGUCUGUUACUUGACCAUAGCAUUACCAUAGGACUAUUUAAUCAAUUAAGUUGUAUUGUAAGUAAAGCUACCAACUUGAUUGGUAUUUACAUGUGUCACGAUGUUUGUUUAAUUACUUUAUAUUUAAUUACCUUCUAGUCAUGUGUGCUGCACAUCACAAUGUUAUGGAUAUGAAACAAAUAGUACCAAAUGAGGUAAAGUUAUUUGAGACCCGCGGCAGUUAUUUCCAAUUUUCGUUACAAUGAACGUAAACGGUUUAAAAUUAAAUAUUAAUGUGUACAGUAUGUAGUGGUAGUAGUGUGUGGUAUAAUAAAGUAGGUAUUUGAUAUCCAUCCCUUUUUUAAACCUAAUUAUACGCUAGGUUGCUCAUUUUCAGUGUUCGCUCAGCCGGUUUCAAUGUAACGCCUUUCAUCUUUUUAUAGUCAAUAAGUUAAUAAUUACUUAGUUACUGUGUUAUUUACAAUGAGUCAUUUAGAUCUCAACGGGCUUGACUCCCUUGUUGUAACAAAUCAGAAAAGUAAAUUGUCUGAAUGAUACUAAAAAGUUUUUUAAACUUGACCACCACAAGAGUUGCCAGAUAAAGCUAUGUAAAGUAGUCUCUUGUAAACGAGCAAAAUUUUUCAUUACUUAAAAAACACUACAGCAAUGUUGCAAGAGUCAAUCGACGACAACGUUCAUGUUCGGCACAUUCUUACUCCACCAGAACACAAUGGUAACAGCCAUUAUGAUGUUAUUGAGGUGAUAAAAAAAGCUUGUCGUGCCAGAUAAUUGCCAACACGUUUUGCUCGUUUACGAUGCUUUGAGUGCUGCUCGAACAAUAGGGAUCAUCUCGAAAUAGAAAAAUAAUUGGGACUAUUACUUUUCUCAAGAAAAAAUUAAUUUACUAGCUUAGUCAUAAAAGCGCUGCCGAACUUCCAGUCUACUUGUCUAUUCGAUGUUACUUUAAAUAGAAUUGAUUACACGAGAGAAGAAAGAGUUCGAGAUCGCCUUUCGAGUUAAUAAAUUGAUGUAUGUGGUAUAACUUUAGCAUUUUACUGUUGAAAUAAAAGAUGUAAUGUAAAAACAACAAUUUAUUAUGUAUUUAACCGAUAUCUCCAUCAAUACAAAUAUAAAAUGUGUAAGGCAAUCGCAUCCAAAGGCACUAUUUCGUGUCUAUUGUCUUGUUUACACAGACCUAUAUAAUUUGUAACAUAAAACCAUUAUAAUAUUUAUUUGCUUAGUUAUCUCUAAAUAGGCAAACUAUUUUUACUAUUUAUUUUUUACUUACAUUCUAGUUUUAAAUUUACUAACAAUAUUCAACAAACUAAGCAAAAUAUACAUUUUUAAUAGUGUGCCCGUUAUUUCACUAACUUAUCAACAUGCGUACCAUCACAUUUGGGAAUAAUCAACUAUUAAAAUAAACAAUGGAUACUUGUAUUUUCCAA